AGUUGACUGAAGAAAACGAGGAGCAUGAAGAACUGAAUGAAGAGCAGGAGAAACAUGUCAAAACUGGAGAAAAAACUUUGAGUCGCUCUCAAACCAAACAGAAAGAUUUAAAGAAAAGAAGAGCCAAGAAAUCUUUCACCUGCACUCAGUGUGGAAAGAGUUUGACAAACAAACAGAGUCUUGAGUUUCACAUGAGGAUCCACACUGGAGAGAAACCAUACACUUGUGAUCAGUGCGGGAAGAGUUUCAGACAAUCAUCACACCUUAAGGAUCACAUGAACAUCCACACAAGAGAGAAACUGUAUGAAUGUGAUCAAUGUGGAAAAACAUUUUCGAGGGCUUCAUACCUGAAGAGUCACCUGAAAGUUCAUACGAAGGAGAAACCACAUUCAUGUUCUUUGUGUGGAAAGAGUUUUUCACAUCUGCCGAAUUUAAAAGUUCAUCAGAAAAUGCAUACUGGUGUGAGAGAUUAUAUGUGCUUUGAGUGUGAGAAGACUUUUAUUAGAGCUGAUCAAUUGAAACUGCACGAGAGGAUCCACACUGGAGAGAAACCUUACAAGUGUUCACACUGCGACAAGAGAUCCAGUCAGUCAGCAAGUCUGAAAAGACAUGAGAGGAUCCACACUGGAGAGAAACUGUAUCACUGCACUGUAUGCGGGAAGAGUUUCACUCAUUCAUCUAAUCUAUGCAGGCAUAACAAAAAGAUUCACAGUCAGUAGAUCAUCUUCAGAUGCAGCACUUUCAGGACUGACGUUGCGUCCUCACCAAACGUGACACAAUAAUGUGUCAAGCAAUAAAAUCUCUUCUGUAUAAAUCUGUCCUAACAAAGAAACAUCAUCUUAAGUCUGCAUGAAUAAAGUUCAUCUUCAAGACCAGAAGUUUCAACUGUAACAUUUUUGUGGGCUUCAGCCUCUGAAGAAUCACCUGAAAGUUCAUACGAAGGAGAAACCGCAUUCAUGUUCUUUAUGUGGAAAGAGUUUUUCACAACUGCAGAGUUUAAAAGUUCAUCAGAAG